UUUGCUUUGUUAUGUUGCAUACAACUUUUUUGAAACCCAGACGUGCCAUCACACUUUUGGCUGACGGGGACGCGUGAACGUUGCCAGCGAACUUUCGGGACAGAUCCCUGAACAGACACAAAGAUGUACAGUGAUAAGAUAAUAGACGGUGUUGGGGGAAUGUCCCGGUUCCAGAUCAUGAUCCUUGGUUUCGUCCUCGGUGUUAAGACUAUCAUAGCAUGGGGAAUGUUGAUGAUGUCGUUCGCAGGGGUUUCGCCUGAACAAUGGUGGUGCAGGGACGUCGACAGUGAUGUUACUGUGAACGUCAGCAUCAGCAACUACACUGGCCUUAAGGAAUGUCCGGCAUCAGACAACGACACCACCUGCACCUUUGUGUACAGCCAGGAGAAGGACACGGUCAUCAAUGAGUGGAAUCUGCUGUGUGAUAUGAAAGGGAUCAAGCCAUUAAUUACAGCAAUACAGAUGGCAGGGGUGCUGAUAGGGGCGUUACUCAGUGGCCAGUCCGCUGAUGUCAUCGGGAGAAAGAAGACUUUGUACAUCUCACUGUUCCUGCAUGCAGGAUUCAACUUGGUAGCAGCGUUUUCAAUCUCAUGGGAGAUGUUCAUCGUGAUCAGAUUUUUCAUUGGGUUGAUGGUUGGUGCUGUGCUGGUGGUAUGCUUCCCCUACACCAUGGAGUUUAUAGGAACACGUUGGCGCCCGGUGUCCAUCUCCCUUCCCUUCUGGGCUGGUGGAUCUGCUCUACUGGCCUUGUCAUGUUGGUUGCGUCCAAACUGGUCGAAUCUACACAUCAUUCUGGCAGCCCUGCACAUCCCAUUUUUUUUUGGAUACAUGUUUGUGCCAGAAAGUUUGCGGUGGCUGGCAGUUCAUGGUAAGCUGGAGGAGGCGGAGAAGGUGGUGGAUCAGAUGGCCCGCUACAACAACAGAGAGAAGCCAGCCAACACUGCCAUUCUACUGAAGAAACUGUACGAAGAAGAAAACAGUGCCAGAGAUUCGAAUCGGAAAUACAACUAUUUGGACAUUUACCGUGGCUGGAGUAUUUGCCGUGUAUCUGUGGUCCACCAACUUGUGUGGAUGACCAUGUCCUUCACGUACUAUGGCAUCUCCUUCGGGGUAGGACGCUUGACCGGGAACCUCUACCUCAACAUGUUCCUUGUCUCCAUUGUUUCUGUGCCAAGCAACGUACUGGCAUUUUUCAUGAACAACAGAAUUGGACGUCGAUGGACAGGAUUCUCGUUCUUCGUAUUGGCCACGUCUGGAGCGUUUGGAGUCGCUAUUGUAUCAAGAUGUGUUGCCUCGGAAAGUAUCCGGGGAGCGGCAAUCGUAACACUGGCGCUUAUCUGUAGACUUGGAGUCGCCUCAGCCUGGUCGUGCUUCCUGGUGUUCACCAGUGAGUCCUACCCCACCGUUAUCAGAAACUUGGGCUAUGGCGCAGCCAACACUGCUGCUCGUGUUGGGGGUAUCGUGUCGCCCUAUGUAUUUGCUGUGGGAGGUGAUGAUCUUCUGCUGCCGUUUGUCAUCGUGGGCUCCCUGAUGUUCGCGUGCGCCAUACUGUCACUGUUGACCCCGGAGACGAAGGGCAUUCCGUUGGCGGAUACAACAGUGAAGACCUCAGGGAAAACCAAAGUAAUGGAAACAGCUGUGGAUGAGAAAGUUCAUUCAGAGGAACCAAUCAAUGAAAGAAAACUUGACAAAUAUAUUCGCUACUAAUAAUAUUUCCCAAUUUCGGAAUUCGGCAAUGUGAAAUGACGCACACCAUUGACGCAGGAUAAAUAUUACAUUACUAAAUAUAUACCUAUCAUGUUUUACUACAUUUGAGAUAAAAUAUUUGUAGCCUUAAAUAAAAUACAUAUAAACUUU